UGUUUUGAAGUUCGUAGAACAAAGGUUCCCAUGGUAGAACGAAGACCCAUUUGAAUUCAGAAAGUGUUUUCCAUCAAAAUCCUCCCGGACGCCAACUCCAUGAAACUGUAAGUUCUCUAAGAGCAUCUUCUUUCAAUCUCAUACAAUGUUUGGUUUUUUAGGUAAAAGAUUACUUAUUGCUAGGAGAAGGGACUCAACACCAGCUCUCAGAUAUCUUCAUAAUCCAUUUCUCAAAUCCAUCUCUCACAUUUCAAAUUCAGAAAAGGAGUCUUCUUUUACAGUUUCUUACCUAGUAAACUUUUGUGGGCUCUCAUCAGAGAGAGCCCUUUCUAUUGCAAAGAAGGUCCAUUUGGAAGACAAGAAGAAACCAAAUUCUGUGCUCAAAUUCUUUGAGAACCACGGAUUCAGCAAAACCCAGAUCGAAAAAGUCAUAACAAAGCGUCCAUUACUACUUUUAGCCGACCCAGUAAAAUCAUUUGAGCCUAAAGUUCAAUUUUUCAGACAGUUUGGAAUAUCAGGGCCCAACCUUACUAAGUUCAUCUCUUCAGACCCUGCCAUUCUCACCAGGAGCUUAGAGAAGCAAAUCAUCCCUUCUUGGAAUUUUCUCAAGACUUUACUUCACACAGACAAUAACGUCGUCUUAGCCAUUUACCGCAACUGUGCCUCCUGGAUUCUCCAAUUUAAUGCCCAGACAAUGUUGGCACCUAAAGUCGAAAUCUUGCUGAAUCAUGGUGUGCCUGAGUCCAAUAUCUCGAAAUUUAUCAUGUUGUAUCCUGGUAGACUAACUCAGAACAACGACCGAUUUAGCGAGUUUGUGAAGAAGAUAUGUGAAAUGGGCUUUGAUCCCUCAAGCACAAUGUUUAUUAAAGCCCUAGGUAUAAAAUCGGGGAUGAGCACAGCUACAUGGGAUGCUAAACUUCGAGUUUACAAGAGUUUUGGUUGGUCAGAUGAUGAGAUAUUUUGCUUGUUCAGAAAGGGCCCUAAUUGCAUAUCUAUCUCGGAGGAGAACAUCAGGACUAAGUUGGAUUUCUUCAUGAACAAAUUGAACCUGAAGCCCUCAGUUCUCUCCAGAAAUCCAGUAAUAUUUAGUCUUAGUUUGGAAAAUAGGAUUGUUCCAAGAAUAUCAGUUAUUCAGGUUCUGCUCUCAAAGGGAUUCAUGAAGAAUAAUGUUUCCCUUGGAACUGUAUUAGUAAUGAAUGAUAUGAAGUUUCGAGAUAAGUUUGUGACCAGGUACAAGCAUGAGAUUACUGAUUUAAUAAAUGUAUUCCAAGGUAAAAUAUGAUCAUCUUUGUGAUUCGCCAAGCCUUUUCACAUUUUAAAAUUGUAGUAUAUUCAAUUGAGUGAUGAAGAAAGGAAUGACUGUUUUUUCAUU